AUACAGCUAUAUGAUUGACAACGUAAUUCUUUUAAUAACUGGCACAUUACACCAGCGGCCCAUAGCUGAACUUGUUCCCAAGUGCCAUCCACUGGGGAGCUUUGAGCAAAUGGAAGCAGUCAGCAUUGCCUCAAACCCCACUGAGCUGUUCAAUGCAAUUUUGGUUGACACACCAUUAGCUGCUUUCUUUCAAGACUGCUUGUCAGAAAAUGACCUGGAUGAAAUGAACAUUGAAAUUAUGCGCAACAAACUGUACAAGUCUUAUCUUGAGGCAUUUUACAAGUUUUGUGAAAAACAAGGUGGUACUACAGCUGAAAUAAUGAGACCUAUUCUUGAGUUUGAGGCAGACAGACGUGCCUUUAUCAUCACCAUUAAUUCCUUUGGCACUGAGCUGAGCAAAGAUGACCGAGAGAAGCUGUAUCCAACUUGUGGAAAACUGUACCCAGAAGGCUUACACCUGUUGGCCAACGCAGAUGACUAUGACCAAGUGAAGUGUGUUGCAGAUUACUAUGCAGAAUACAAGGCUGUGUUUGAAGGUGUAGGGAGUGGCACUGGAGAAAAGACACUGGAAGAUGCAUUUUUUGAACAUGAGGUAAAGCUGAAUGUACUUGCAUUCAACAAUCAGUUUCAUUAUGGAGUAUUUUAUGCCUAUGUGAAGUUAAAGGAACAAGAAUGCAGGAAUAUUGUAUGGAUUGCUGAAUGCAUUUCUCAGAGACACAGAACCAAAAUUAACAAUUACAUUCCGAUUUUCUAAAUCUGAGAAUUUAUAAUCCUACAAUGCCUAAAAAGUUGCAUUAUUUCACAGAAAAGAAGAAAAAUCUUAUUUCAAAGUUUAACUCUUAUUAGAUGUUUUAAAUUCUAUUAAUGAUCCUCCUUAUAUACAGCAGUGUAAGAAAAGUAAUGUAAUUAGAGAUAUGAGUAC